AUGACAGAGGUUAGAUACAAACAUUAUUCAUCGUUGAACUAUAUAGCUUUCAAUUAUGCUGGUUUUGCUUGUAUUUCAAUUGUUGUAUUUUUAACAGCAACUCAACCAUUUUACAUAAAAGAAGUAAUAGGAAUUGAACCAAGACCUGGUAAUAUAAAAGAUACAAAAAUAGGUCAUAUAAUUGGAGGAUUGGGUUUCUUUGAUGAAUUGAUUUCAAUGAUUAGUGCUCCCUUGUUGGGAACUUUGAAUGAUAAAUUAAAUACUUUAGGAUUUGGAGGAUCAAAAUUAAUACAAAGUUCAAGUUUAUUAAUUUUAGCCAUUGCUUUGUUUGGUUAUGGAGUAAUUAAUUCACAUUUAAUUCCUGAUAUGUUCAUAUUUAGAGGAAUUUUCGCUUUAGGUGUUACAGGAUGUAUGAGUAUGGUAACUGUUAUUUUAAACGAAUUAUCUUAUUCCGAUUUUACAUUGAAAAAAUUAUUAUUUUGGAAAAAAAAUGAUUAUGAAGCUAUUAAUUUGAAUAAUAAUUCUCAAGUUGAUCUUAAGAAAAAUGGGAAAUAUUCAGCCAUAAUGGGAAUUGCAACUGGUUUAGGUGCUAUUUUUUCAGUUUCAGCAUUUGUUACUUUACCAGUAAGAUUUCAAGAUUGGAAUCCAGAUAUUGAUAUGAAAUGGAGUUUAAAAUAUUCUUAUUUGGUAGUAAUGGGAUUUGCAAUAUUUUCUGCAAUAUUCUUAUAUAUCUUUCUAUACAAGCCAGAUUCAAAAGUGUUACAAGAGGAAACUCGAGAAGAAAAUAAACCAUAUUUUCACAUAUUAAAAGAUGGAUUUGAAUUUUCAAAAUCAAACAAACAAGCCCAAUUAGCAUAUGUAGGUGCAUUUGUUGCAAGAUCAACCACUGUUGCUACUUCAUUGUUCAUUCCAUUAAUGGUUUAUGAUUGGUAUUAUAAUAUUGGUGAAUGUGAGAAUGGAAGUGGCGAUUGGGCAGGUAAAAUGACUUGCUAUGAAGGCUACAUUUUUUCAGCAAUUUUGACUGGUGUUGCUCAAACGGUUGCAUUAAUAAGUGCUCCAUUAUGGGGUUAUUUAGUUGAUAACUCAAAAGUAGGAAAAUAUCGAACAUUAGCUAUCUCAGGAUCAAUUGGAGCUUUGGGUAAUUUUGGAAUUAGUUUAGUUAAUACUAAUUUCAGACAUUAUGAUCCUAAAACUAUUGUGUGUUUUUUAUUUGUCAGUAUAAUUGGGUUUUCUCAAAUUGGAUUGAUAAUAAGUAGUAUGAGUAUUUUAAGUGGCAUAUCUAAUGUUCAUCAAAUAAUGGGUUCAUUGAGUGGAUUUUAUAGUUUUUGUGGAGGUAUUGGUAUUAUGAUAAUAACUCUUGUUGGUGGAUAUUUAGCAGAUUUCUGGAUUUUAGGACCAUUCUUUUUGUUGGGAUUGUUCAAUUUAAUUCUUUUAGGAGUGUACUAUACUUUUGUUAGAGAGACUACGAAAAGCAUAUCCAUUGGAGAAGAGAUUGAAGCUGAAGACAAUGAUCAAACAGUUUGA